AUGGAGCAGCGUGACGUUGUCUCGUGGACAACUGUGAUCGUGGCCUAUGCCCAAUGCGGUAAUCUCACACAAGCUAAAGGAAUGUUUGAUAGGAUGCCGCGAUGGAAUGUGGUCUCCUGGACUGCCAUGGUUCAAGCAUAUGCCCAAGUCGGGGACAUUUUAGAAUCCGAGAGAGUUUUUCACGGCAUGCUAGAGAGGAACUCCGUCUCCUGGGAUACUAUGAUUCAGGCUUUGGUAAGCCAUCGGCAUUACCAGAGAGCCAAGUUUCUGUUCGAUCGAUCGCCAGAACACACAAUAGUCUCUUGGACAGCGAUGAUUAACGCCUGCUUCCAAACAGGGGAAAUUGAUCGCGCGAAGGCGAUGUUUGAUGCGGUUCCAGAGCAUAAUGUGGUUUCUUGGACGGUUUUGCUGCAAGGAUUUGCGGAGAGUAAGCAUUUAGAAUCAGCACAAGUCAUCUUUGAAAGGAUGGCAGAGAAGAAUUUGAUAUCGUGGGCGGUGAUGCUCAAUGCAUUUGCCCAGAUUCCUCGAUUGGAAGAUGCACGAGAAGUUUUUAAAUCCAUGCCUUAUUGGAAUCUGUCGACUUGGAACACCAUGGUUUGUGCGGAGGCUCAAUGCGGAGAAGUUGACAAUGCUCGGGAGCUGCUGGAAACGAUGCCAGAAAGAAACUUGGUGACGUGGUCAAGCCUUAUUGGGCGUGUAGGGAUGGGCGAAUCGCAGGAGAUUCUCAAGAAGAUGCCCGAGAGGGACAUAGUGGCAUGCAAUGCUUUGCUUGCUACAUAUGCCCAGCUGGGGUGUCUUGAAGAUUGUGAAACGUUCUUUAGAAAUUCUAUGCCUGAGCACGAUAUCUUUGCGUACACCAUAAUGAUCAGUUUGUAUUUCUCUAAAAACCAAAUAGAAAUUGCAGUGCACUUGUUUAACUCCUUGCGAUUUGUAGAUGUUGUCGUGUGUAACUCAUUCAUUUCAGCAAAUGCCGCGUUAGGGCAUAUGGAAGACUGUCAGAGAUGUUUCGACACAAUGAGAGACCAGGACAUGACGACCUGGAAUACGAUGCUGGAAGCUUACGCUCAGAACUUUAAGAUUUUAGAGGCGGAAUCCCUGUUUCAAAACUUUCCCAGGAAGGACACUGUGUCUUGGAACGUAAUGGCAAUGGCGUAUUCUCAGACUGGGAAUCUCCCGAUGACGGAAGCGUUCUUUGACGCCAUGCCCAAGAGAGAUUCCGCGUCGUGGAACAUUUUGAUAACGACGUACUGUCGCAGAGGCCGUGUCAAUCAGGCCGUACGUUUCUUCCAAGACAUGAACUUGUGGGCUGUUCAUCCAAUCGAUCCCGGGUGUUUCUCGAGUAUUCUUCUCUCGUGCAGUCAUCGCGGGCUCGUCAGUGUUGCCCGACGCUACUUCCUUCGAAUGGCCGCAGAUUUUGGCAUCGAACCGGACGUGGAGCUUUACUGCUGCAUGAUCGACGCAUUUGGGAGAUCCGGCCAGCUUAGAAACGCGAGAGAAUUGGUGGAUUCCAUGCCCUUUGUUCCCGAAAGAGUGGCAUGGACAACAAUUCUUGGAGCUUCAUCCAGAAAUCCCAAAGGUUUCGUAAGUUCUUCUGUGUAA